AUGGCACUUUCUCCAUGUACACGAGGGAACCUCGAUAGCGGGCACUCCUAUAUCCUCACGAGCCUACUUGACGAGCUCAUGAGCUCGUUCCUCGUCCUGAACGUCACCCCUGUCUGCCUGAUGGUGUUUUCCAGAGCAGUCACUACGGACUGCUGCAUUGACAGUCAUGACCUACCUCGGAAGCAACGCGUCAGCAGCUGCUACAGCAACAGCGGACCGUCUGAGCUUGUCGCUGACGCACGCCAUGCCAAUGGAUUCACUUGUCGCAUGUUGCAAGUGCUGGCUCGAUCCCUGCGCCCCCUCACUGGAUGGGCAGCAUCGAUUACGACAAGCAGGACGUCAGGCUUGCUCUCGAAGCACCUUUCUUGA